UUUAACUUUCAUGACGAUCGGACGUGCGUGCGCGACGUUCUUUGAAAAAAUAAAAGACGAAAGAAAAUUAAAUCGUAACUGAAAAAUUAUUAGCCGCGAUUGAUAAAGUGUGCAAGUUAUCUAAAAGCGCGAGUGCAUUUAACAUUUUGACGUCACGGCGAGCAGUGUGAACAAAACAAAACAGAAUACAAAAAGAAUAGAAAUACCAACAAAUUUAAUUUGAUUUGUGUUCUCUAAUCAAAGCUUGCGCGUGAUUUUGUUUAGCAGUCCGUUUUUAACUAACACACACACACGCAGUAGGGCAAAGAGUGAACGAAGUGCGCCCGCCAAUUGCCCCCUGCGUCCCCCCCGCUUAAGUCGACAAGCAAAGUGUUGUGAAAAUGCAAACGGCAAAGGCGCCUAAUGGAGGAUAGAAGUAAAAGAAGACGUAGAAGAAGAAGCGCGAGCCAAUAGCAAACAUAACGGCAAAAGCGGCAGCGACAAGUGCAUAAAACGUGACGACCGAAAAAAGCGAGAGAGAGAGAGAGAGAAAGAAAAAAAGCAGUGCAAAUAAAAAUUUAGUUGCUUCGUUUUUGUGUUAUCUGUGUGUCAAAAAUAAAAAGAAAAAAGUUUUUUUUGUGCUACAUGUUUUGUGUUUAACGUUAGAAUAUUAUGAUGAUGAGCGACCUCUAAAUGUGUGUGUGUGUGUGAAAAAUCGUAUAAACGACUACAACAACAAAAACAACAUAAAUACAUAAAAAGUGACCGUAGUAACAAUCAACAACAAAUAACAUAAUUUAAAAUUUCAAGUUGAAGAGUAAAACAGAUUUUUUUUAUAUGUUGAGACGCACAGCUGCAGUUUUUUGGUUUGUUGCCUAAACACAACACCAACAACAACAAAACACUUGGACAACAACAAGAAGAACAUCAGCAGACUGCAAACUGCAAAAAAACAUAUUAAUACCAGAGACAAUGACGGAACUCCAAUUGGACAACAGCUUGACACGGGACGCUGACGUUGGCGCCGAUGUCGCAGUUGACGCCAUGGCAACAGCAACAACAACAACAACCACUUCGACUGCGACAGCGACAACAACAACGCCCAAGGCCACGGUCAAGCGUCGUCAGUUUGUGGAGGGCGAAACCGAGGAGGGAUUUCUGUCCACCUCACCGGACAGCGCCAAUGGCGAUGCACACGCACACAGCCACCCUCACACACACCAACACCAACACCCACAUACACAUGGAGCCGAGCUGCAGCCGAACUGCAACAGCGACACGAACCCGAACAAUGUCAUCAUCGUCGGCGACGCUCGUCAGCUGUUGCUGCAGGCCUUCUAUCAAUGCUCCUGUGCCGACGAAUGCGUCAAGCUGGACAACAUACUCGAUUCGUUCAAAGCUCCGCUCUCCGAAGAUCAAGCCUGGGCUCUCGUCUAUCAGUUCACCACACUCUACCACAAGGUUGCUGUCCAGGCUCAUCAUUGUUCCAGCGAGGAUUACGACGCACAGCUGCCCACGCAGUUUGAGCUUCAUUUGCAUCGCGAUGGCAGCGUCCACUUCUCUGGUAAGGAGCGUCAACAGCAGCAGCAGGAGCACCAACCUCAACAGAAUCAACAACAGCAGCAGCUGCAGAAAGAGUCUCUGCAGCAGCAGCAGGAGCGAAAGCUCAAUGACAGCGCCAGCAGCAGCGGCGACAGCAGCGUCGUCAUUAAUCGUGCCUUCGACAACCACAAUCAUCACACAUCGUACCUCGUCUCUCAUAGAAAGAUUAUGAGCGAACUGGCGGAAGUUGUUUUCGCCGCCUUGGACUCCAAUCUGGCGGUGGACGAGGAAUGCCAACUGUCUCCGGAGCUGGAAAGUCUCUUUGACUUCAUGAUGGCAGAAGAGACAGACGAUGAUUGCAUUGAUGAGGGCAUCGACGAGGGCGACAAGCGCUGGGACGAUGAAUCGGAGGAGGAGCGCAACAAUACCAAAGAACUGGAGCAUAUAAUCGAGACCUGCAGAAAUCACAUAAAAUCCGCUUUACCUGAGAACCAUUAUAAAGCCGUUUGUCGCGCCUUGGUAACGGAAACAAUAGAACUGCGUAUUUUUCUGCAGCAAGUGCUAAACAAUGGAGGAGCUGAAAAGUUUAUCGAAGCCACAUCUCAAACAUCUCAAACGACACAGAAAGAACUGGCGAAGCUGGGCUUCAACGACUGGGCACGCUUUUGGGUGCAGGUAAUCGAUGAGCUGCGACGUGGAGUGCGACUGAAGAAGCGCAAUUACGAGCGCACGCCCAUCGAAUACGAGCUGACGCCCUACGAGAUACUCAUGGGCGACAUACGAGCCAAAAAGUAUCAAUUGCGCAAGGUGAUGGUGAAUGGAGAUAUUCCGCCUCGUGUCAAGAAGGAUGCCCAUGCGAUGAUCUUGGACUUCAUCAGGUCGCGGCCACCAUUGAAAAAGGCCGCUGAUCGUCAGUUGGGUCCGCCGUUGAAGCUGAUUCCCUCACCACGCGAACAGUUGAUGGAAUCGAUACGCAAAGGCAAGGAACUGAAGCAAAUAACACCGCCAAAAUCGCCAAAUCUCAGGCAGAAAAUGCUUCCAAAUUCAACAAAUCCAACAUUGUCGCGCUCCAGACAGCGGCUCAUCAAAGUGGAUUUCUCCAAGUUGCAGGACGACGAGCAUUUCUUUGAUGAAUCGAGCAUAAGCAGCGCAGCUUCCACUGCGGCAGCUGCGGCUCAUCUCGCUGAGCUGCAUCGCUACUCGCAGCCCAAGAUGCCACCAUAUCCCAUCGGAGGCUACAUGCUCGGCAGCCAGACGAGGCACGAUUCCCCGGCGACUUUAAUGCGACCGAGACGCACAACUUAUGACCUUGCCACGCAGUGCGAGUCGCGACGCGGCUCCUCGAGACGCCACACCAUCGUGGGAUGCCAGAGCAACCUGGACGAGGCGCACUCGAUGCCCCCGACGCGUCCCGAGUCUCGUCAAUCGACGGAUGACGUCAACAACAAGGAGUUGAAGAGCACUCCAGAGAUGCCUCAGUCGCAGUCACAGACUCAACCUCAACCUCAACUCGGUGGCAACAGCGAGGCAGCAGCAUCAACGUCGCAUUCAACAUCCUCGCUUGGCCCAUGGAACAAGUCCUUCAUGGACAAACAGACCUGGAUGGAACGUGGUGAUGAUCGUCUGUCCGUUACCCUGGCCGAGAUCAUUCACAUACGUUCCGUCAUGACCAAAGCCGAGCUCGAGGGCCUGCCCAUGGACGUGCGUGUCAAGGAGGAUGUUGAAAAGCGUCGCGUUUGCUUCCUCUGCCUCCGCACACGCUUCUCCUUCCUCGGUCCCUGGGGCAUUCAGUGCAAACUCUGCCAGCGCACCGUCUGCGCCAAGUGCUACACCAAGAUGCGCAUUCCCUCGGAGCAUUUCCGCAACGUGCCCCUCGUCUUGAUCUCACCCUCGCUGCUCUCCAGCCCUGCCAGCUCGAGCACGCCAUCGCCAUCGCAUCAUCAUGCACAUCAGGCGCAUCAGCUGCACUCCGCCUCGACGGGCAACAUCAUGGACGAUCAGUUCCCCAAGUCGCUCAUCGAGCGACUGCUGCGCUCCGAGUCAGAUCGUAAGGCUCGCAGCACAGUGGGCAGCGCUCCGUCGUCGCCCAAGCACCAAAGAUCAAACAUGAGCACACCAGGGAUUAGUGUGGGACCUGGCUCAGCUGCCGCUGCUGCCGCCGCUGCUGCUGCAGCUGCAAGUGGCACUGGACAAGCCGUGGAGGCGUUACACGAUCAGGCAUCCAUGUCUGCCUCCUACUCUUCGGCCAUGCGACCGUCGGGAGUGCAACCGAAGCAGCUGCACUACAACAACGCGAUGUCCCGCAGCAUGGAAGGACCGCGAAGUCUGCCCGUGAACAGUCCGGCGUAUCGACCGCUCUCCAACAACAGCACGCUGGAGCGCAAAUCGCGUUUCUCGCGAGGAUUUGCGCUGUUCUCAUCUGGCAGCCAUUUGGCGCAAUCGCAGCAGGAUCAGAAGGAGAAUCUGCGUGGAGAGCAGGUGACAGUCUGUCACGAUUGCCAGGGAUUGGUGAACGAGAUCACGAGCUCGGUGAAGCAGAAACGCAGCUCGGCUCGCAAUCGGACGAUACAGAAUCUCACGCUGGACCUGACGCCCGUCUGGAAGUAAACCAAAAGAUGGACGCCAGGAUCUGGUGGAAACUAGGAAAAACGAUAAAAUGAAAAACAAAAGAACUAAACUAUAUACUUAAUUAUGCAUAUAUAUAUAUAUUGAAUGGACUGUUGUAUACAUAGCUUAGAGAGACGCAAGAAAAAGAGACAGAAAUAGAGAUAGGGAUAGAGAAAGAGACAGACAGACAGAUAUAGGAGAAAAAGGAUCGUUAGUCUAGUGUUUAAGUUGAUUGCUGUAUAUUAAUUCUUUCGGCUAGAGUUUAGCUUUGAGCAUAUGCACCCCACCAUUACAUACAUACUACAUACAUAGAUACAUACAUAGAUAGAUACACACACAUACAUACAUACAUACUACAUAGUUAUAGAUCCAACCCAGAUAUAUACAAGAGAGAUACGUUGUUUGUAAUUGUUUAAUUUAUAUGUAUAAAUGUUGAUUAAGUCCACGCCCCCCUCCCCCAUCCAUCCCUCAAUGAUAUAUAUGCAAUCUAUAAGCAUCUAUCUGGCGAUUUAUGCCCUCGACUAUAGCAUGAAUCCGAUCAUGGUUCCGAUCACGUUCGUUAAAGUUAUACAUACUA